AGGCAAUAAAAUCUGCCGCUGCCCUUCACCCAAUCGCCAUCUUCACAUAAUCACAUCGUCUUCUUCUUCCGGUUCCGAUCGCACAGGUGGAUCAAGUGUUGUGCUGAUUCUUGAGAGAAAUAGCAAUGGGAGGCAAGCCGCCAGCUGGCACUGCCACCUGGACUGGUGUGAAAGGCGGGCACACAGUGGCAGAAGGCAUUGUCAUGAUCCAAAAGGGAUUGGAGGAUCCAAAGGUUAAGUACAUGAGGGAGCAAAUGGAGAAAUUGGGUUGCAGAGUUACGGAUAAUUUCUUCCAAGCCAUCCGAUGCAAUAAGCCGGCAUCAGGCUUUUUUGAUCCCCGGGGCGGGAUAAAAGUAUGUGCAAACAAUUUGAGAUUUCAAGAUGAGGUAACCCAAGUACUCAUCCAUGAGCUCAUCCAUGCAUAUGAUCAGUGCCGUGUCAAAAAUUUGGACUGGAAAAGCGACGAACAUACUGCUUGUGCUGAGGUUUGUGCUCUUCUACAAGAGUUUAUGAUGUUUCUUACGUUCUUGAUGAAUCUUAAUUGCAGAUUUGCAGAGUCUGUGAUAAUAAAUAGAACGCAGUUAUGUGUGAGAUUAUUCAACUUAAAGAAAAUACUCUGUAUAUAUGUUGUGUAUUUUCGCGAACAUGCUAAAUAUCUUAAAUGACAGAUCAGAGCAAACCAUCUCAGUGGGGACUGUCAUAUCGUGAGAGAGUGGUUGCGUGGUCGUUUCAAGAUACGAGGCCAUGAACAAAAAUGCAUCAAAAGAAGAGUGAUGACCUCAAUGGGUAUCAUAUCUCCCAAUCAACAUGGACGUUUGGCUGCCAUUGAGAAGGUGUGGGAUACUUGUUACAAUGACACAGAUCCGUUUGACAAAUCUUCUUGAAGAUUUUUCCUAUGUCUCGAAACCAAGCUUACAAUCGUUGCGUUGUAGAUUUGAGAUUAUGAUUUAUGAGUAGAAUAUUUCUUCAAAUCUGGAAGGCGAGAGAAUUUUGUUGACAUUAGCCUGACGUUUGUUCCCUAUUUGGUUUGCUGCAAUGUGGUUUUUGAAUGGCUUGUUUAUCUCCUUUACAAUGGCCUUGUCUUGGAAAAUGUUUCGUUGCCAUGAUGUUUGUUUCAUAGCCUUCAAUGUGUAUGAAAUAUGGCUUCAUUAUUCUCAACCUUCUUUAGCCCUAUGUUUGGUUCAAGG